GGGGCGGGGCGCCGCGCCUCCCCUUUAAGGAGGCUGCAGAUGAAGUCACCGCCGCUUGGCCAGCUCCGGGACUCGCUCUCGCUCGGCUAGCCGACGACGAAGGCAGCAGUCAUCCCAUCGCAGCCAGCGGCUCUCCAGGCACCUGCUGCCCAGACGCUCAGGCGGCGUCUUCCCCAGCCCAGGCGGCUCCGCGCCCCGAAGUCGGGAUUUUUCGGCGCUUCCGAGGAGCUUUGAGUCCCCGUUGAUCCGCGGCGCUUUCUCUGCCCGAAUCCCCCGGCCGAGAUGCCUUCGGACCGGCCUUUCAAACAGCGGCGGAGCUUCUCGGAUCGUUGUAAAGAGGUGCAGCAGAUCCGGGAGCAGCAUCCAAACAAAAUUCCAGUCAUUAUUGAAAGAUACAAGGGAGAGAAACAGCUGCCUGUGCUGGAUAAGACCAAAUUUCUAGUCCCUGAUCAUGUCAAUAUGAGUGAACUGGUAAAAAUAAUUCGGCGCCGGCUGCAGCUGAAUCCUACACAGGCUUUCUUUCUGUUGGUGAACCAGCACAGCAUGGUGAGCGUUUCUACCCCCAUCUCUGAGAUCUACGAGCAAGAGAAGGAUGAAGAUGGCUUCCUCUACAUGGUCUAUGCCUCGCAGGAGACCUUUGGCUACUGAGCUCUUAAGCCACCAGAGGACUGACUCCAAACUGUUGCAUAAAUAAUACCCCCAACUCCCCCCACUUCAGCAAACAGUGCCGAGAGAGGCUUGCGGCCCAGGAGCAGCACAAAAGUGACCUGUGCUCCUCUACCCCUCGCAGUGCAACAGACCAAGAUAGUUCGGUGUGUAUGUGAACAUGUGACCCACGAGUCUUGACUUUUUCCUUGCCAUCGCUCCACCCCUUGUGUGCGACACUCAUUGCUCUGUUUCACUUUCUCUACUGCGCUCUCUCUCUCUUUCUCUGUUGUCAUAAUGUCCUUUUUCUUAGUCCAAUGCCAAACCAACCUGGCUUCUGGCAGGCAGAGGAAAAAAUUAAACAUUUCCUUGCCUGCCUGGGGAAGAGGAGGAGCUUGUCUGCUGAACCUUUAUUAGAAAAAAGGAAGUCUGCAGAACAGUCAAAGUAUCAUUGCUCUUGAGUUUUAAUUGAUUUUAAUUACAUGCAUAUCAAUUCUUGGUGCUACGAAGUAGAAUUAGGCGUCUCUACAGGACUGUGUAAUAAUGUCUAUCUCUUAGAUUUAUUUUAUUAUUUUUAAGCAGGAUGGGGGGAGAUAUAAUUUGCUUGUAUUAUGUAGGUUUUGAAACAACAGCAACAAAACAACCCAAGCUUCUUUGCACUUUAAAAUGUAGUAGAGGUGAGAGUGGAUUUAGCGUGUUUUUGACAUGUCUGCUGAAGCCUGUGCUGCUUCUGUCGAUAUUUGUUCUUUUGUCUUUGAUUAGUUUUGAUAUUUUGUUGUGGGGGUUUUUUUUUUACCAAAAAAAAAAAUGCCAGCCUCCUUUUCUUUCUUACAAUCUUGCAUGCAGAGAUUUCUAUCUUUCUCUUAACCUUUUAUUUCCUUUUGGUUCCUUUCAGAUCAUUCACUCAAGGAAUGUACGGAUUUAUAUUGCUCCUCCCUUCCCUUUUUUUUUUUUUUAAAAAAAAUUACAAUACCAAAAAAGUGUGUAUGACAGGAGAACGAAAUACACCCAGUUGAGUCUCUGCAAAUAUCUAUAUAAAUAAAUAUAAAUUAAAAUUG